AUGCGGAACAGCACUCUGUUUAUGUUCCUUGCUGGAAGAGCUUCAACAGCAGCAGCUGCAGCAAAUCAAACCCCAAAUCUGCUUCAGAGAUGCUUCUGUUCAUCUUCCUCUCCGAACAAUAAGCUUUUCGUCGGAGGCUUGUCAUGGUCGUUGGACGAGAAGUCCCUGAAAGACGCUUUCUCUUCAUAUGGAGAUGUCACUGAAGUGACUAUAGUGUAUGACAAGGACUCAGGCAGGCCUAGAGGCUUUGGAUUUGUUAAUUUCUCCAAUGAAGAUGAUGCCAAGUCUGCUAAAGAUGCUAUGGAUGGAAAGGCGUUGAUGGGUCGGCCACUGAGAAUUAGUUUUGCUCUCGAGAGAGUUCGGGGAGGGCAGGUAGUUGUCCCUCGCCUUCCAAGCAUUGGAGUUGGUGGCAAUCGCUCGUAGCUGAUAUCAUAUGGUUACUAUGGUAAUGUGUUACCGCUUACUGUCACAGAUUACAUAUAGAGCUAUUUUAAGUUGUGAAAGCUAUAAAUUGUGUCAUUGAAACUUAAGUUUCGUUGAAAGAAGUUAUCUAGUUUUAGUCGCUAUGAGUUGAGGUUGAAUUGUUCUAUUGAAACUCAAAAUUCAGAACCUUAACUUAAGAGGUU